UGCUCGCAAAACUUUCUUACAUUUUCAAAACGUUCUCACUGGACGACCUACUAACUCUCUGUGUCUUUUGUUUGCAUAACCUUAUAAACAAACUAUAUAAAGUGGAGUACUAUACAUAUAGACUACAAAGCUGAAACUAAAAGAUGUUUCAUACUUUACUUAUUCAACAAUAACAAAACCUUUGUAAAAACAAUGAAGAUACUGGGAAUUCCAGUUACAGAGCUCGUCUCUGGACUUGGUGGAAUAUUGUUCCUAUGGAGUGCAAUUGACCAAUUUCUGCCCAAAAAGUUCCAAUAUCUGUUUCAAAAAUGGUGCAACCAUCUCGUAUGCUUCAUCUUUCCACGAAUCUACAUUACCUUCAACGAAUACUGUGAAGAUGGUCGAUCCAACGAAGCCUACAGCUGCAUCAAGAACUAUCUGAGCACUAAAUCGGUCAAGAAAGCAGAGUAUCUGAAAGCAGAAAAAUCCCGGAACAGCAAAUCCCUGGAAUUCACUUUAGAUGAAGGAGAUGAAGUCGUGGAUGAAUUCCGAGACGUGAAGAUCACAUGGGUUGCUUACCAGGAAACCAUCAAGGACAGCGGCGGCGGCGGAUCGAGGAACGGGAGGCCGUUUGAGAAGAGGUAUUUCAUCCUGAAAGUUCAUUCCAGGUAUCGGGAUUUGGUGAUGGAAGAUUACAUGAAUUUUGUGAUGAAAGAAGGGAAUGCAAUUGAGUUUAAAAAUCGGAAAAGAAGGCUUUACACCAACAAUAAAGAUGAUGAUUCUUAUUGGAAAGGGAGGUGGAGUUACAUAAAUUUCCAGCAUCCGGCUACUUUUGAUAGUCUUGGAAUGGAUCCUGAGAAGAAAGAAGAAAUUCUUGAUGAUCUUGAUUCGUUUAAGAAUGGGAAGGAUUAUUACAAGAAGAUUGGGAAGGCUUGGAAACGGGGUUAUCUUCUUUAUGGUCCUCCAGGAAGUGGAAAAUCAACUAUGAUUGCAGCUAUGGCGAAUUAUUUAGAUUAUGAUAUUUAUGAUCUUGAGCUCACCACUGUUAAGGAAAAUGCAGAGUUGAAGCAGCUGUUGAUCGAAACGAGUAACAAAUCGAUCAUCGUCAUCGAAGAUAUAGAUUGCUCGCUUAAUCUGACGGGAUCAAGGAAGAAGAAUGAGAAGGGAUCAGAAGAUGAGAAGAGGAAACAGAGUGAUGAAACAGAGGAUGAUAAGAACAAGAGUAAAGUGACAUUAUCUGGAUUGUUGAAUUUCAUUGAUGGGAUAUGGUCGGCUUGUGGGGAAGAAAGGGUCAUCGUAUUCACUACUAAUCAUGUCGAAAAGCUCGAUCCGGCGUUGAUUCGUCGCGGACGAAUGGACAUGCAUAUUGAGAUGUCCUAUUGCAAAUUUGAGACAUUCAAGAUAUUGGCUAAGAAUUAUUUGGGCAUUGAUGAACACCCUUUGUUUGCAGAAAUCAGGGAAUUGUUAGAGGAAAAGAAUGUUUGUCCUUGUGAUGUGGCUGAGAACUUGAUGCCAAGAGGGAAAUCGGAAGACCAUGUGAAGAAAUGUUUGGUGAGAUUAAUUGAAGCUAUCAAAGCCACCGACAACAACAAAGGCAAUAUCAAAGAAGAAGAAGAAGAAGAAGAAGGGGAAGUCCAGGAUGAAAACACUCCAACAUAUCGAGUAAUUGAAAUUUUGUUGGAUAUAGGAAGCAUUUUUCAGCCACUUUCGAGUUUCGAAUAUUAAAUGGUUUUAGAUCUUGUGUAACAGUCUUGUGCUGAUGAACUCUUUUUAGUUAUCUUUCUUUGGCUAUUAAUGCGAAGUGUUGAUCUCCAU